AGGUUUCUUCGACCUCUGUGCAAAGUUGCACCUCUGACGGAGGAAAUGGCUCCCGUCAGAUGCAGAACGGUUAGCCAACCAGUACUUUUGAAGUUGACACGUUAGCUAUGUAAUUGUCUCUCACUGUACCAGACUCAACGGGCACAGAAAUAUGUUUUUAAGUGGAGAGAAACCAAGUUUGUAUCGGAUGUUGAAGACAUAACAGGAGCACCAGACUCUGACAUUUGGGAACGUUGCUGGUACUGUAGACCCUUUGCUGAGGAAUGGCCAAAGAGCAGAAACAAAGCAUGGCACAAACAUUUGUACUGGCUGGAUCAAAUGGUCACAAUAGUCAACAAUGGCAGACUGGUCUGAGCAACUUAGUCAAUCAUCCUCCAGGCACUAACCACAUGUCGAGGAUGGCCCGUGUUGCUUCGCAUGUGAGGCAGAAGUGUGCGGCCUAUGUGCUAGCACUGAGACCGUGGAGCUUCAGUGCCUCGCUCACACCAGUGGCCCUCGGCAGCGCUUUGGCGUACAAACUGGAGGGCUCUGUGGACUUGGUCAUCCUGAUGGUGUGUGCAGUGACCGUCCUUGUAGUCCAUGGGGCAGGCAACCUUGUAAACACCUACUAUGACUUCUCCAAAGGGAUUGACCACAAGAAGAGUGACGAUAGGACUCUUGUGGAUGAAAUCUUGGCACCGCAGGAUGUUGUUAUGUUUGGAGCAUUGUUAUAUUCCUUGGGGUGCUUGUGUGCCACUCUGCUCUAUUUUCUGUCUACACUUAGACUGGAGCACCUAGCCCUUAUUUACUUCGGGGGACUGUCCAGCUCUUUUUUAUACACUGGAGGCAUCGGCCUCAAGUACGUGGCCCUGGGAGACGUGGUAAUCCUCAUCACCUUUGGCCCACUGGCGGUCAUGUUUUCCCACGCGGUGCAGGUCGGCUAUCUGUCAGUGCUGCCGCUGGUGUACGCCAUCCCGCUGGCCCUCAACACAGAAGCCAUCCUCCACAGCAACAACACUAGAGACAUGGACUCCGACAAGCAGGCGGGCAUCGUCACCCUGGCCAUCCUCAUAGGCCCCACGCUGUCCUACGUUCUCUACAACCUCCUGCUUUUCGUCCCCUACGUGCUCUUCUGCAUCCUCGCUACCCGUUACACCAUCAGCAUGGCGCUGCCUCUGCUCACGCUGCCCAUGGCCUUCCCCCUGGAGAAGCAGUUCCGCAGCCAAUGCUACGCUAAGAUCCCCCAGAAGACGGCCAAGCUCAACCUCCUCAUGGGACUUUUCUACGUGUUUGGGAUAAUUCUGGCACCUCCUGGCAGCUUACCGUCACUGUGAUUAAUUAGCUUUGAUAUUUCUAGUUUAUGUACCUAUUUGGAUUUGUACAAAGCUAUCUGAGGGCUUUCACUGGCUUUAAUUUAUUGUCAUAUUUAUAUGUUGAACAGAGAUUUAGUUUAGGUCCUCCUCUGUGACAAGGUUUAAUCAGAUGUAUUAUUUCAGUAUUAAGCCUGCUGUAAUGUGUUGGUAAAAGUAACAAGUGUUGGUGUCAUUUUGUAUAGGCAGGCAACAUUUCCAUAAUGUAAGGACAAACAAUACCUACAGUUGCCAUAUUUGUUGUUCUCCAAGAUGCAAAACAACAUGAUACCUAAAAACAUCAAUAAACCAUUAUUCUUAAAAUUGUACUCUGCACGGUUCAUGCUGUUAACUUGUUCAUUGAGGUUUUUAUUCCUUGGAGAGCCAAAUAGUAUUUCGUUGGAUUGUAAUAAAACUCACUGACUCUAA